UGCACAUUCACGCAGCAAAUUAUCACCCAUCGGGGAAGAAGUAUCUCGAACACACGAGAUGGUUACAAAUACAACGAACGAAAACGAAUCUGCAAAGCGAAAAUCAAACUUCUCUGCGUCCAAAUUCUGCAACCGAGAUUCGUUUCGCAAUUUCUGAACCAGGUGUAACGAGAUCAAGAUGAGGGGAAGAAGUUACAGUUACAGUCCUUCACCUCCAAGGCGUUAUGGUGGAAGGAGACGCAGUCCGAGUCCAAGAGGCCGGUAUGGAGGACGUUAUAGAGGUGGCCGUGAUAGGGAUCUGCCUACAAGUCUUCUCGUCCGAAACCUGGCCAAAGAUUGCAGGCCAGAAGAUCUGCACGAUCCAUUUGGACAGUUUGGUCCUGUCAAGGAUGUUUACCUGCCUCGUGAUUAUUAUACUGGGGAGCCAAGGGGUUUUGGGUUUGUUCAAUUUGUGGAUCCAGCUGAUGCUGCCGAUGCGAAAUAUCACAUGGAUGGUCAAGUUCUUCUUGGCCGUGAGUUAACUGUGGUGUUUGCUGAAGAAAACAGAAAGAAACCUCAAGAAAUGAGAGCAAGAGAACGUGGGAGGUCAUAUGAUUAUAGGCGAUCUCCACGUCGUCGUUCUCGUUCACCACGCUAUGCUCGAACCUAUUCUCGUAGUCCAGACUAUACACCUUCACCAAGACCAAGGCGAUAUUCCAGGUCCAUCUCACCAAGAGACGAAAGGUAUAGGAGACGGUCAUACUCUAGAUCCCCUUACAGAUCACCUUAUGGAUCUAGAAGCCCUGAUCGAGGUAGGAGUUACAGCAGGAGCAUAAGCCGCAGUCCAGGGUACUCAAGGUGAUUUAAAUCGACAAGAUUGGUUAAUAUGGGAGAUGAUGCCGUAGUUUUCAUUUUAUUUCUGAUGUUGCUUGUGUUCAGUGAUUCUGAUAGAUGAUAUGUUAAUUUAUCUGGAUUUGUCGUAUUAUCUAUUGUUUGUGACUGUGUUCUAUAUUUAGUCCUGUUUUAAUCAAAAUGCCUCUUGACCGUGUUCUUUUA